CUGACUGCUGACGGCUGGAAAUAUACACACAGGCGUGUUAACCUGAAAUAUGGCGUACAGAUUUGACCAGAGCAAAGUUGGUGGAAAACAGGAACUUUCAGAUUCGUAUCUCCAGAGGGACCCAAACACUUCCUGGUGGGCUGACGGACAGGCCUGCAAAGAGCAAGGAGAUUCCCUCAGGGAGCAGCUCAGAGUCACGGAUGAGCAUGUGGCCAGGCUUCAGGGAGAUCUGAGAGCUGAGCGUUUAAAAAGUUCCCGUCUGCAGCUGCAGUGCAGCCAACAGGAGGCGGAGCUGAAGCGCAGAGAGAUGCUCUGCAGUAGACUGAAGGAGAGGCUCUCACAGCUGACUGACAGACACAAAGGGCCAUCUAUAGAAGUAAUAAACUUCCCUCCUGGAAGCAGAGGCAAAAGGGAGCAACUCAGCAAAUCGGUCAGGUUUACUGCCAGGCGAGAAGAGGCUGCGCUGCGCCUGAUGCUGGAGCGCAGAGAGGCUGAGCUGAGGGAGGCCAUGAAGCUGCGCCACUGCCUCACCACUCUGCUGCACGCACUGCGAGUCGACAUGGAGCAGGUCAGAGAAGGGACGAGUGGCCAGCAUCCAUGGUUUUUGGAUGUUGCCCAAGAUGGAGAGAAAAAGUUGGAGGAAACUGAAGCGGCGCUUGGCGAGCACCUGACUGGAGGAGUGGUUCAGAGCUGGAGGCUGGUGCAGAAGAAGCUGCAAAGCAUCUUGUCCGAAGGUCAAACAGCUGCUGGUACCGACCACGAUAAGCUCAUAGCUCAGCUGGAGAUCGAACUGAAAGAAAGUCAGGAGGUGGUUAGAUUGCAGCAGCAGCUUCUGCAGGACAGCCUGGUCUCCACAGUCCCAUCCGAACUCUCAGAUUCCUACUUUUUGGAGGAGUGGGAACGUCUUCAGAUGUCCUGGGCAGAGCUGACUCAUCAGAGGAGGACUUUUGAAAGGGAGCGCCAAGUGUUUACCGACGCUGCCAUUCGACUGAGCCACGAGCGGCGUGACUUUGAACAACAACGGGGCCUGUUCUUGAAGCAGCAGUAUCUGUGUGAUUCGCCUUUGUUUCAAAGAGAAGCAACAAACCGGAGGGACAGCAGUGCUUUCAAUUUCUCUGGUGUGGGAGGAGCUAACUUAUCCGGCUGUCUUCCCAUCAGUCCAUCACCCAGCAACUCUGGGAACGUUGCUGCUCAUGGAUCACAUGAGGGAAGGGUCAGAGUUCAAACGCCCAGCACACCUCAGCUGUACUCCGCUCUCAAUCUAUCAUACAAUAACCAGUCCAGAGAAGCUGAUCACCACUUGGAGACGUGGGAGGGCGACGUUGACAGGAGACCACACACAACCUGGCCUUCAUUUUUGAGCUGGUCGUGAUACAAACUGCUGCAGUUAAAGCACAUUCCACAUUUUUCAGUAUUUGUCUUUUUAACAAAUUUAAUAAAAGCACUUAUUUUGUUUUUAAAAA